AUGGCAGCUCACCUGGAAGUGGCGGAUGGCAGCUCACCUGGAAGUGGCGGAUGGCAGCUCACCUGGAAGUGGCGGAUGGCAGCUCACCUGGAAGUGGCGGAUGGCAGCUCACCUGGAAGUGGCGGAUGGCAGCUCACCUGGAAGUGGCGGAUGGCAGCUCACCUGGAAGUGGCGGAUGGCAGCUCACCUGGAAGUGGCGGAUGGCAGCUCACCUGGAAGUGGCGGAUGGCAGCUCACCUGGAAGUGGCGGAUGGCAGCUCACCUGGAAGUGGCGGAUGGCAGCUCACCUGGAAGUGGCGGAUGGCAGCUCACCUGGAAGUGGCGGAUGGCAGCUCACCUGGAAGUGGCGGAUGGCAGCUCACCUGGAAGUGGCGGAUGGCAGCUCACCUGGAAGUGGCGGAUGGCAGCUCACCUGGAAGUGGCGGAUGGCAGCUCACCUGGAAGUGGCGGAUGGCAGCUCACCUGGAAGUGGCGGAUGGCAGCUCACCUGGAAGUGGCGGAUGGCAGCUCACCUGGAAGUGGCGGAUGGCAGCUCACCUGGAAGUGGCGGAUGGCAGCUCACCUGGAAGUGGCGGAUGGCAGCUCACCUGGAAGUGGCGGAUGGCAGCUCACCUGGAAGUGGCGGAUGGCAGCUCACCUGGAAGUGGCGGAUGGCAGCUCACCUGGAAGUGGCGGAUGGCAGCUCACCUGGAAGUGGCGGAUGGCAGCUCACCUGGAAGUGGCGGAUGGCAGCUCACCUGGAAGUGGCGGAUGGCAGCUCACCUGGAAGUGGCGGAUGGCAGCUCACCUGGAAGUGGCGGAUGGCAGCUCACCUGGAAGUGGCGGAUGGCAGCUCACCUGGAAGUGGCGGAUGGCAGCUCACCUGGAAGUGGCGGAUGGCAGCUCACCUGGAAGUGGCGGAUGGCAGCUCACCUGGAAGUGGCGGAUGGCAGCUCACCUGGAAGUGGCGGAUGGCAGCUCACCUGGAAGUGGCGGAUGGCAGCUCACCUGGAAGUGGCGGAUGGCAGCUCACCUGGAAGUGGCGGAUGGCAGCUCACCUGGAAGUGGCGGAUGGCAGCUCACCUGGAAGUGGCGGAUGGCAGCUCACCUGGAAGUGGCGGAUGGCAGCUCACCUGGAAGUGGCGGAUGGCAGCUCACCUGGAAGUGGCGGAUGGCAGCUCACCUGGAAGUGGCGGAUGGCAGCUCACCUGGAAGUGGCGGAUGGCAGCUCACCUGGAAGUGGCGGAUGGCAGCUCACCUGGAAGUGGCGGAUGGCAGCUCACCUGGAAGUGGCGGAUGGCAGCUCACCUGGAAGUGGCGGAUGGCAGCUCACCUGGAAGUGGCGGAUGGCAGCUCACCUGGAAGUGGCGGAUGGCAGCUCACCUGGAAGUGGCGGAUGGCAGCUCACCUGGAAGUGGCGGAUGGCAGCUCACCUGGAAGUGGCGGAUGGCAGCUCACCUGGAAGUGGCGGAUGGCAGCUCACCUGGAAGUGGCGGAUGGCAGCUCACCUGGAAGUGGCGGAUGGCAGCUCACCUGGAAGUGGCGGAUGGCAGCUCACCUGGAAGUGGCGGAUGGCAGCUCACCUGGAAGUGGCGGAUGGCAGCUCACCUGGAAGUGGCGGAUGGCAGCUCACCUGGAAGUGGCGGAUGGCAGCUCACCUGGAAGUGGCGGAUGGCAGCUCACCUGGAAGUGGCGGAUGGCAGCUCACCUGGAAGUGGCGGAUGGCAGCUCACCUGGAAGUGGCGGAUGGCAGCUCACCUGGAAGUGGCGGAUGGCAGCUCACCUGGAAGUGGCGGAUGGCAGCUCACCUGGAAGUGGCGGAUGGCAGCUCACCUGGAAGUGGCGGAUGGCAGCUCACCUGGAAGUGGCGGAUGGCAGCUCACCUGGAAGUGGCGGAUGGCAGCUCACCUGGAAGUGGCGGAUGGCAGCUCACCUGGAAGUGGCGGAUGGCAGCUCACCUGGAAGUGGCGGAUGGCAGCUCACCUGGAAGUGGCGGAUGGCAGCUCACCUGGAAGUGGCGGAUGGCAGCUCACCUGGAAGUGGCGGAUGGCAGCUCACCUGGAAGUGGCGGAUGGCAGCUCACCUGGAAGUGGCGGAUGGCAGCUCACCUGGAAGUGGCGGAUGGCAGCUCACCUGGAAGUGGCGGAUGGCAGCUCACCUGGAAGUGGCGGAUGGCAGCUCACCUGGAAGUGGCGGAUGGCAGCUCACCUGGAAGUGGCGGAUGGCAGCUCACCUGGAAGUGGCGGAUGGCAGCUCACCUGGAAGUGGCGGAUGGCAGCUCACCUGGAAGUGGCGGAUGGCAGCUCACCUGGAAGUGGCGGAUGGCAGCUCACCUGGAAGUGGCGGAUGGCAGCUCACCUGGAAGUGGCGGAUGGCAGCUCACCUGGAAGUGGCGGAUGGCAGCUCACCUGGAAGUGGCGGAUGGCAGCUCACCUGGAAGUGGCGGAUGGCAGCUCACCUGGAAGUGGCGGAUGGCAGCUCACCUGGAAGUGGCGGAUGGCAGCUCACCUGGAAGUGGCGGAUGGCAGCUCACCUGGAAGUGGCGGAUGGCAGCUCACCUGGAAGUGGCGGAUGGCAGCUCACCUGGAAGUGGCGGAUGGCAGCUCACCUGGAAGUGGCGGAUGGCAGCUCACCUGGAAGUGGCGGAUGGCAGCUCACCUGGAAGUGGCGGAUGGCAGCUCACCUGGAAGUGGCGGAUGGCAGCUCACCUGGAAGUGGCGGAUGGCAGCUCACCUGGAAGUGGCGGAUGGCAGCUCACCUGGAAGUGGCGGAUGGCAGCUCACCUGGAAGUGGCGGAUGGCAGCUCACCUGGAAGUGGCGGAUGGCAGCUCACCUGGAAGUGGCGGAUGGCAGCUCACCUGGAAGUGGCGGAUGGCAGCUCACCUGGAAGUGGCGGAUGGCAGCUCACCUGGAAGUGGCGGAUGGCAGCUCACCUGGAAGUGGCGGAUGGCAGCUCACCUGGAAGUGGCGGAUGGCAGCUCACCUGGAAGUGGCGGAUGGCAGCUCACCUGGAAGUGGCGGAUGGCAGCUCACCUGGAAGUGGCGGAUGGCAGCUCACCUGGAAGUGGCGGAUGGCAGCUCACCUGGAAGUGGCGGAUGGCAGCUCACCUGGAAGUGGCGGAUGGCAGCUCACCUGGAAGUGGCGGAUGGCAGCUCACCUGGAAGUGGCGGAUGGCAGCUCACCUGGAAGUGGCGGAUGGCAGCUCACCUGGAAGUGGCGGAUGGCAGCUCACCUGGAAGUGGCGGAUGGCAGCUCACCUGGAAGUGGCGGAUGGCAGCUCACCUGGAAGUGGCGGAUGGCAGCUCACCUGGAAGUGGCGGAUGGCAGCUCACCUGGAAGUGGCGGAUGGCAGCUCACCUGGAAGUGGCGGAUGGCAGCUCACCUGGAAGUGGCGGAUGGCAGCUCACCUGGAAGUGGCGGAUGGCAGCUCACCUGGAAGUGGCGGAUGGCAGCUCACCUGGAAGUGGCGGAUGGCAGCUCACCUGGAAGUGGCGGAUGGCAGCUCACCUGGAAGUGGCGGAUGGCAGCUCACCUGGAAGUGGCGGAUGGCAGCUCACCUGGAAGUGGCGGAUGGCAGCUCACCUGGAAGUGGCGGAUGGCAGCUCACCUGGAAGUGGCGGAUGGCAGCUCACCUGGAAGUGGCGGAUGGCAGCUCACCUGGAAGUGGCGGAUGGCAGCUCACCUGGAAGUGGCGGAUGGCAGCUCACCUGGAAGUGGCGGAUGGCAGCUCACCUGGAAGUGGCGGAUGGCAGCUCACCUGGAAGUGGCGGAUGGCAGCUCACCUGGAAGUGGCGGAUGGCAGCUCACCUGAAAGUGGCGGAUGGCAGCUCACCUGGAAGUGGCGGAUGGCAGCUCACCUGGAAGUGGCGGAUGGCAGCUCACCUGGAAGUGGCGGAUGGCAGCUCACCUGGAAGUGGCGGAUGGCAGCUCACCUGGAAGUGGCGGAUGGCAGCUCACCUGGAAGUGGCGGAUGGCAGCUCACCUGGAAGUGGCGGAUGGCAGCUCACCUGGAAGUGGCGGAUGGCAGCUCACCUGGAAGUGGCGGAUGGCAGCUCACCUGGAAGUGGCGGAUGGCAGCUCACCUGGAAGUGGCGGAUGGCAGCUCACCUGGAAGUGGCGGAUGGCAGCUCACCUGGAAGUGGCGGAUGGCAGCUCACCUGGAAGUGGCGGAUGGCAGCUCACCUGGAAGUGGCGGAUGGCAGCUCACCUGGAAGUGGCGGAUGGCAGCUCACCUGGAAGUGGCGGAUGGCGGAGCGGAAGGUGGGGAUGAGCGGGUGCGCGGAGUGGAACACCAGCGACAGCGCACCGGCGAAGUACCCCGUCCCCUCUGCCAGCUGCCUCCCCUGCCUCGCAUUCAUGGCCUGGCGGAGGGGAAAGGGGGGGAAGGGGAGAGGUGGGGGGAGAGGGGGGUAUGUGGUGGAGGUGCCGGGGAACGACCGUUGGAAGCGAGAAGGGGAGAGAGGGGCACAAAACGAUGCAUGCAUGGAGGAAUGGACGGACAGGAGGAGUUGUCCGGAUGGCGGCCUGCAGGUCCGGCAGCAGCUGCUCGAAGCCGCCCUGCGAGAAGGCCGCUGUGUCCGCCGCUUGUGCUGACGCCGCUGCGGGGGAAAGGCAGGGAAGGGGAUGGGGGAACGGAGGGGAAGGCGGGGAAGGGGAUGGAGGAACGGAGGGGGGAGCGAGGUGUGGAGGGUGGGGCAGGAAGGGGAGGUGCAUGCGCUGCUCGCCGGCAGCGCGGCGGCGCCACGCGGGUGGCGGUGGCGCGCGCGAUUGCAGCAUUGUGA